GUUCACACUCUUUGUCUAUAGCAUUUGUAAAAUGACAUCUGCACCUGAGCUGGUGACAGGCACAGCCGAGCCGGGACAGAAUGGGAAGUUUACACUGGAGAUCGCUGAUAUUGUGGUUGUGGUGGUCUACUUCAUAUUCGUGCUAGCAGUGGGAAUAUGGUCAUCCGUCAGAGCCAAUAAGGGAACCAUUGGAGGAUACUUCUUAGCUGGGAGAUCCAUGACAUGGUGGCCAAUUGGAGCUUCUUUGAUGUCCAGUAAUGUUGGCAGUGGCUUGUUCAUUGGAUUAGCAGGCACUGGGGCAGCAGGGGGACUCGCUGUGGGGGGAUUUGAGUGGAAUGCAGCAUGGGUCCUCAUUGCUUUGGGCUGGAUCUUUGUGCCUGUGUACAUUUCUGCUGGAGUUGUCACCAUGCCCGAAUAUCUCAGGAAGAGGUUUGGAGGCCAGCGCAUUCGGAUCUACAUGAGUGUUCUUUCUCUCAUUCUCUACAUCUUCACCAAAAUAUCAACAGACAUUUUCUCUGGAGCGCUGUUCAUUCAGGUGUCACUGGGAUGGGACCUGUACCUCUCCACUGUAGUGCUGCUUGCAGUCACAGCACUCUAUACUAUUGCUGGUGGAUUGACUGCAGUGAUUUACACUGAUGCUCUGCAGACUGUCAUUAUGGUAGUUGGAGCACUUGUCCUAAUGUUCAUAGCAUUUAAUAAGGUGGGCUGGUACGAGGGCUUGCUGGAGCAGUAUGAGAAAGCUGUGCCUGCUCUCACUGUUCCUAACACCACGUGUCACCUCCCUCGCCCUGACGCCUUCCACGUCUUCCGGGACCCGGUCAGUGGUGAUCUGCCGUGGCCUGGCCUGCUCUUCGGGCUCACCGUGCUGGCUACAUGGGUGUGGUGCACUGACCAGGUGAUAGUGCAGAGGUCCCUCUCUGCUAAAAACCUGUCACAUGCUAAAGGAGGCUCGGUGCUGGGUGGCUACCUGAAGAUCCUCCCCAUGUUCUUCAUCGUCAUGCCAGGAAUGAUCAGCAGAGCACUCUACCCAGAUGAAGUGGGAUGUGUGGAUCCUGAUGAGUGCCUUAAGAUAUGUGGAGCUACUGUGGGCUGUUCUAACAUCGCCUAUCCUAAACUGGUGAUUGAGUUAAUGCCAGUAGGUAUGCGAGGCCUGAUGAUCGCAGUGAUGAUGGCAGCUCUCAUGUCCUCGCUCACCUCUAUAUUUAACAGCAGUAGCACCCUCUUCACUAUGGACAUUUGGCUGCGCAUGAGACGGCAGGCAUCUGAGAGGGAGCUCAUGGUUGUGGGAAGGGUAUUCAUUUUAUUCUUGGUGGUCGUGAGCAUCUUAUGGAUUCCAAUCAUUCAGUCAGCCAACAGUGGGCAGCUGUUCGACUACAUUCAGUCUAUAACCAGUUACUUGGCCCCUCCGAUCACUGCCGUCUUCCUGAUGGCCAUCUUCUGGAGUCGCGUGAAUGAACAAGGGGCGUUCUGGGGGCUGAUGGCAGGUUUGGUGGUUGGCCUUGUACGCAUGGUGAUGGAGUUUGUCUAUGCUGCUCCUUCCUGUGGAGAGGAGGACCUGAGACCCCCCAUGCUGAAAGAUGUGCACUACCUGUACUUUGCUCUUAUACUGCUCGCACUGACAGUGCUGGUCAUUACUGCAGUCAGCCUCUGUACUUCUCCUAUUCCAGAGCAACAUCUUAUCCGUCUAACCUGGUGGACAAGACACAGCAAGAAGGAGCGUGUAGAUCUGGAGGACCUGUGGGCAACCUCACCCACAUCAGCACACUCUCAACCUGCUUCUGAUCCGGAGCUGAGGGUAGAAAGGCCUGCGUGGUGGAGACGAGUGGGAAUGUGGCUGUGUGGACUGUCUGAAGCUCCUAAACCGGAGCUAAGCAGAGAGGAACAGCUGGCUAUGGAGAAAAAGCUGACUAGCAUUGAAGAGGAACCCAUCUGGAAAAAUGUUUGCAAUAUCAAUGCCAUCAUUCUACUUACUGUCAAUGUAUUUCUUUGGGGCUACUUUGCAUAAGAAGAGCAGACUCUGUCAUAUUUCAUGUUAUUUAGAGAGUUCUUCAGGCAUGACAUUCAUCUCAAAAAGCUAAAACUGAGUACCAAAUAACUUGAAUGUGAAAGUACUGUACAUAUGAAUAAAACAAUCCAAUUCUUUAGAGGACCCUUAAAUGAAAAGCCACACAAUCUACACAAGUAACAAACAAACAAACAAAUAAGUGUUCAAAUUAGGUGUAAAUUCAACUCAAUACAGUUCAACUGUAUUUAUAUAGUAGUGCUUUUAACAAUGGACAAUGACCCAAAGCAGUUUUACAGAAAUCCGGAUAUAGACUGAUUGUUUAGAUUGAUCCAGAUGUAAAUGAUUGUUUAAUGCUUAAUACACAAUAAUGGCCAAACUAUAAGAUUACAUAUAAUGGUGAAGUUAAUGUGUUGAGAAAAUGUGCUAAAAUCCUCAGCUAAGGUCACUUAAACUCUCUUUUGAUUUUUAUUUAAAGAUUUUCUGUUUUACAUAUAAAUUUAAACAUGGUAAUGAUUCAUUUACUAUAUGUAAAUAUUUACUCUAUAAAUAUCUCAUAUUUCGCAUGUUUCUUGUGCAGUAAAUAUCUUAAAAAAAAAAACCUAAAGUCAUUCAAUUAUUUAAAAUGGUUUAAUAUACAAUGUACAAUUUAAUUCUUAGAAUAUCAGAGCUGACCAUGUACACAAUGGAGGUGUUUUAAUAAAGUUUUUAAU